AUGCUUGCUUUAGAAGAGAAGAAACAGCUAGAAGACAGUCUUAAAGGUGACCAGUUCAAUCAGCUUGUCAAGAAGUAUGUCAAAAAAGAUAAAGAGAAAAGAACAGAAAAGAUCCCUGACAAGACAUCUUCCAAAACUUCUGUAGUUGAGAAACCUGCAGUUCCUGCAAAAAAGCGCAAGACACAACAAGAAAAAUCAGCACCAAAACCAGUACAGAAAAACCUUGAGACAGUUGCCAGAGAACUUGAAGUAACAGAGCUUCACCAGCAGCUUGAGGAAAACAGGUACUUACCAAUCAGCCAAGUUGUAAGAGAGUCGAUGGAUAUUUUGGUAUCGGAUUGUAGGCCUGGAACACCGGAGCGUGACGUUUGUAUUGACUGUACAGUUCUACAGGAGCAGGUACAGUCCAACACCAACCAGAUAUGUGGUCUACAAAACCAGCUUCAGUCCUUUAAUAGCAAGCUCCUUUCAACAAAGAGCCAACUGCAGUCUUCACAAAACCUCAACCAGAGCUUACAACAUCAACUUAGUAAUCUCCAAUAUUAUGUGCAGAUAAUGUGGAGUAAGAAUCAGGGUUGGCAUAAUUCCUCAUGCAAUGAGCCUGGUACUAGCAAUAGAGGUGACAGUAGCUAUCAACAAAAUAGUAACAACAACCAACAGAUAUCAACAACUCAGUCAUCAACUACUCAGUCAUCAACUACUCAGUCAUCAACUACUCAGUCAUCAACUACUCGGUUAUCAUCAACUCAGUCAACUGACCAUCAAUUAUCUUCAAUCUCAAACCAGCAGACAUCUUCAAACAGUAUUGCAUUGGCCACAUCGCAUGAUGAAACUCUUGACAUCAGUAUUCCAGAUGAUACAACACCUAUAGAAUCUGCCAAUUCAUCAUUUAUUCAGGAUACAGCAGCCUCUUCCACAGUUGCCUUUUACAACAACUACACACAGGAAAUCUUAGAAGCCAAGGUUUCGAAAUUAAAAAACUAUAGUAAAUGUGCAAAGGUAUUACUGAGGCUGCUAUACAGUGACCAGGAGCGCCAGGGGAGAAGUAUAUCUGGUGUUGCUGCUAAUUCUAAGUAUGAGGCCAAACCAGCCCUACAACACCCUAACCGAAUUCAGUAUGAUUAG